AUGGCGAUUGGUACAUCGCAUACUGCCCAGAGAUCCCGGGCGCUAAUGGUCAAGGGAAGACAAUCGCCGAAGUCAAAGACAAUCUUGCCAGUGCAAUUGCGUUGA